AUGGGUCAUCAUUGGAAGAUAAGGCUGACUCAGCCGGAGGAUGCUAUUGCCGAGAUUAUAGGGGAGAAAUUGAAAGAGAAGUUAAAGGCUGUAGAGGUUAGGGAAGACGAUCCUUACCACUGGGUUAAUGAGGACGUUAGGACCCGGUCAUCCUCCUUCACUAGUGUUGACUCCCUUUCUGAGUUAAGAGGAGUAGAUUUCGUAAGGAGGGGUUCUGAGCCGAGUCAGAUUCUUGAGGCUUCUGAGCGGAGUGAAGAGGAGGAGUUUUUGUUGGAUUUUUUGGUUGAGAGUGUUGCUGCUGGGGAGUGUAUGUCUAUUGCUGAUAUUCUGCGUUUUUAUGAUUCUGGCGAUGUUGAGGGUUUGAAAAUGUAUAUAGGUAAUAUUUUGUUUGCUUUUCAUUUGUAUAACUGUUUGUAUGGUUUUACUGAUGUUGGUGAUUAUCCUGUAGGUGGGCGAGUACCUCUCUUGAACCCUCUGAAGUUACAGACCUUUUUAAACAAGAAAAAGGAUAAAACUGUUGGUCCCGCCGAGCAUAAGGAAAGUGGCGGGCAAGCUUUUUCUUCUGUUGGUCGUCCAGCGUCUUCGUUCAAAAGAAAGAGGGAUGACAUAUCUUUGGAGGUAUUGAUCCUGUCUUUGAUCGACAGAAGAAACUUCAUGGCUUUAUUGCGGGGUCGAAUUCUCAUUCUCUUUGGAGUGAACAGUUCAACUUUGCUGAGCUUUCUGAUCGGGCUUCUCAAUACCCGGGGGAUAUGCUUAUGACUCGUCGUAUCAGUAUGGAAAGUCUUGGCAAAUUUGUUC